AUGACCGGUCAAGACUAUUCUGUGUUCGAGGAUCUAAAGGUCAGCAAGGAGCAAGUUAUUGCGUGUUCGUAUUCAAACUGGUACCGGAAAUUCAGGCCAUAUGUGGCCAAAUCGAUCGUGAUAAAGCCAUUGCCAGAUGAGUUCAUCGAGUAUUUGUCAUCAGAAAGUAUACGGUUACCGCAGGAAAACAAAGACGAAGUGGUUGCAGAUAGCGAUAACGAGUACAGUGACUGGUCGGACGACGAAGAAGAUGCGCAGACCAACCCUACGGAGAGGUUUUCCGGGUUGCACGAAGAGAUCAAGAAUGGCAUACGCCAUUUGGGUAGUAAAGUGAGUCCCAAGUUGAAUUGGUCGGCACCCAAGGAUGCCAAAUGGAUCAUGGCCAACAAUACGACCAAGUGUGAGGAUGUGUCGGACGUGUAUUUACUCUUGAAUGCGUCGGACCACAUAGCACACGACAUCGACGAUGCAUUCAACGAGUGUGGGGAGCCAGACUGCCACACACGUAUUCCCUACGAGUUGGUGUUGCGCCAGUGGGUGGACAUGAAUCCGGCGUUGGAGUUCAGGGUUUUCAUCAAGAACCGCAUCGUAGUGGGGGUGUCCCAACGAGAUUUGAACUACUACGACUACUUGGACAAGUUGGUGCCGACAUUCAGACAGAAGAUAGACGAAAUGUUCACUGAAGUGAUCAAACCAAGUCUCGACCACGACAACGUGAUUGUCGACUUGUACAUUCCCCGUCCGUUCGACAAGGUGUGGAUCGUGGACUUCAACCCGUUUUCUAGGAAAACAGACUCGUUGCUCUUCACUUGGCACGAAUUGCUCCAGAUCAACCCCAAAGAAGUAUACCAAUAUGAACUCAGACUUAUAUCCGAGACCAAUCUUGGCCGUUUUUCCAAGAAGGAACACAGUGAGAACCAAGUACCCAUCGAUGUAAUCGAUGCUUCUGUUAACACCGACACCAUGAUAGAGUUGGCCAAGAAAUGGCAAGAUCUACAAGAGAAGGGUAAAUAG